GCUGAGUAAUGGGAACAUGCAACAUGGGCGCGCCAGGUGGCCAUAAAGAAAUCUCCACCAUUGGUAGUGCUGCUUCAUGGUUCUUGAUUGGCUCCAUCUCUUGAAGUCCCCAUCAAUUUCCACCUGCGACACUUUAUUAAUCUGAGACUGACCCAGGAAGCAGAUUUGUACACAGUGUCAAUUCCUUUUCUUUUUCCUGGAAAUUUUCCAAGUAAAAGGCCGCAGCUUUACUACUGAAAUCUUGAAUUAUAAACAGAAAAGGAUGACUUCAGUUGUGCUUUACAAUCAGAUUAAUCCGUUGACAGCAGUGUUUUCAAGAACCCAUUUUUCGUUUCCGAUGUCGAAAGAUUUUCCAACGGAAAUCUGCUGCUCUGUGAAGCAUAAGUUGAAGUCCAGAAAGCAAGAACAUGGGCAGUUCAAGAAAGUGACAAGAGUGAGAAGCAGCGUAGCUGGGGGGCUGCAAGUGGAACUAUCUGAAAGUGGUUCAGCUUCUCGGCCGCCAGAGAAGAAGCUGAGAGUUCUGGUGGCGGGUGGCGGGAUUGGGGGGCUGGUUUUCGCGUUGGCGGCGAAGAGGAAAGGGUUUGAGGUGGUGGUUUUUGAGAAGGAUUUGAGUGCCAUAAGAGGGGAGGGACAGUAUAGGGGUCCUAUACAAAUACAGAGCAAUGCCUUGGCUGCUUUAGAGGCCAUUGAUAUAGAUGUUGCUGAAGAAGUUAUGUGUGCAGGAUGCAUCACCGGUGAUCGGAUCAAUGGCUUGGUUGAUGGGAUUUCUGGUUCUUGGUACGUCAAGUUUGAUACAUUCACUCCUGCAGUUGAGCGGGGACUUCCAGUCACUAGAGUCAUCAGCCGCAUGACCUUGCAAGAAAUCCUUGCUCAUGCAGUCGGGUCAGAUACUAUUAUGAACGAGAGCAAUGUAGUAGAUUUUGUGGAUAACGGCGAAAAGGUCACUGUGAAACUUGAAAAUGGACACUGUUAUGAAGGCGAUGUUCUCGUUGGUGCUGACGGGAUAUGGUCAAAGGUGAGGAAAAUUUUGUUUGGACCAACUGAAGCCAUAUACUCAGGUUACACUUGUUACACUGGAAGAACCUUGAUACUCGGAGAAGAGGGUUAUAUUUACACUUAUAAAUUUUUUCACAGGUAUCGAGUAUUCUUGGGCCACAAACAGUACUUUGUUUCCUCAGAUGUGGGCGGAGGAAAGAUGCAGUGGUAUGCAUUUCACAACGAAUCACCUGGUGGUAUAGAUGUUCCCAAAGGUAGAAAAGAGAGGUUACUUAAGUUAUUUGAGGGUUGGUGUGAUAACGUUAUAGAUCUGUUGCUUGCCACUGAUGAAGACGCAAUUCUUCGACGUGAUAUAUAUGAUCGAACUCCAAUCUUCACAUGGGGAAAGGGACGUGUGACGUUGCUUGGUGAUUCAGUCCAUGCUAUGCAGCCGAACUUGGGCCAAGGAGGUUGUAUGGCCAUUGAGGACGGAUAUCAACUAGCAUUAGAGCUUGAUAAAGCAUGGAGGCAAAGCGUCAAGGCGGGGAACACAAUUGACAUAGUCUCUUCUUUAAAGAGAUAUGAAAAUGCUCGGAAAGUACGAGUUGCAAUUAUUCAUGGACUGGCAAGAAUGGCUGCAAUGAUGGCAUCAACUUACAAGGCGUAUCUUGGUGUUGGGCUCGGUCCGUUGUCGUUCCUAACGAAGUAUAAAAUACCGCAUCCUGGAAGAGUUGGUGGGAGGAUAUUCAUCGAUGUUGCUAUGCCUUUAAUGCUAAGUUGGGUUCUUGGCGGUAAUGGUUCAAAACUUGAGGGGAGAGUACUGCACUGCAGACUUUCAGACAAAGCCAGUGACCAGCUACGAAGAUGGUUUACAGAUAACGAUGCUCUUGAGCGAGCUCUGGAUGCAGAUUGGUUUCUACUUCCGGUUGGAGGUUCAACUUCCGCAUCUGAAAUUUUCGUCCUGAGUCGAGACGAGAAGAGACCAUGCAUAAUUGGGAGUGUACCGCAUGCAAACAGUCUGGAAGCGUCAAUAACUAUACCUUCACAACAGGUUUCUGAAAUGCAUGCUCGAAUAAGCUACAAAGACGGAGCGUUCUUCCUGACCGACCUAAGUAGCAAGCACGGCACCUGGAUCACUGAUAACGAGGGUAGGCAAUACCGUGUCACGCCCAACUUACCUACCCGACUUCGUCCUACUGAUGUGAUCGAUUUUGGUUCAGAUAAGUUGCAGGCUGCAUUCCGAGUGAAGGCAAUGAAAACUCAACAUAAAAGUACACACAAUGAAGACGAGACUGCAGCCCUUCAGGCAAUGUAGAAGUCUAUAUAUACAGAGAGUUAAAUAAAAAAUGCACGGAAACUUGUACAUUACAUACGGGCGCGCGGCCAGCAAUCUGAGCCAUGUAAAGCUGCUGCGUUUCUUUCAGCGCAGGACGCAAUGUUCAAAGGUUGACUUAGCAUGACAAUCGUGCUCCUCAGCACGAAUGACGUACCUCCCAUCCAAAAAGGUUGUAUGAUGAUGCCAUGGUGUAACAAUAUGUUAAUAUCACAACAGUUCACAAUAUCUUUUCUAUGAUUACUCGUGUAAUUGGCAAUGUAUUUCAAGCUAGACUGGCAGCCGAGGGUUUGUGAACUUUCACAUUCAUGGGAUACCAUUCUCAACUAUUAUCAGUAUUUUGCUUAUUA